AUGACAGCUGGCGCUUUUGAGAUUGUUUUUGCAGUUCCAAUGGAAUGCAAUGCUUGUGUUGAAUCAAUUACCAACGUGUUAAAACCAUUGCAAGGUAUUGACAAGUUUGACAUCAACUUGAAAUCGAAUUUAGUUACUACAGAAGGAUCACUCCCACCAAGUGAAAUCGUGAAAGCGAUUCAAAGUACAGGAAGAGAUGCAAUCAUUCGUGGUACUGGUAAACCAAAUUCAGCUGCUGUUUGUAUCCUAGAAUCAUUUGACCCAAAGGACCGUUUCAAACCGGUAAAAGGGUUAGCAAGAAUCGUUCAAGUGUCUCCUCAAAAUGUAUUUGUUGACCUCACAGUCAAUGGAUUACCAAAAGGUACAUACUACCCUUCAAUAAGAGCCACAGGAAACUUGUCUGAAGGUGCUUUGUCAACUGGAAAGUUGUUUUACCCUUUGGAUCCAAUCUAUGUCAAUGAACCUUCCAAUGCAAGUACAACUAUAAAUUCCCUUGGUGCAAGUACAACGGAGGAUUCUCCUAAGCAAUUAUACGCUGGACAAUCGUUCUUGUAUGCUAAAUUAACACCCAAUGAGAUUAUUGGAAGAAGUAUAAUUUUAUCAAGAUUGCAAGAUGAGGUUACAAAAGAUUCUCUUGUGGGGGUAAUUGCCAGAUCUGCUGGUGCAUGGGAAAAUGACAAACAGGUUUGUAGUUGCAGUGGAAAAACUGUAUGGCAGGAAAGAACCGACGCAAAGGCCCAUGGUGUUGCUGUUUAG